CAGUUGUCCAAAGCUCAGCGCACAUGUCGAGUGGAUCAAAGGCAUCAUCAUCGUCAUCCGCGUCGUCGUCGUCGUCCGGCGGCAAGCUGCUCACCACCGAGAACGAGGUCAUCCAGGCAUUCCAAGCCCUCCGCGAGCAGCAGCAGCAGCUCAUGCAGAAGAAGGCCGAGAUCGAGACGGACGCCAACGAGUACAAGCUUGUCAUUGACACGUUGAAGGACCUGGACACCAAGCGCAAGUGCUUCCGCAUGAUCAGCGGCGUCCUCGUUGAGCGCACCGUUGGCGAGGUUUUGCCUGCCCUGCACGAGCACAACAACUCGCUGACCGCCCUCGUUGCUCAACUAGACGAGCAAAUCGUCACCAAGGGCAAGGAGUUGCUUGCCUUCAAGCAAAAAUACAACAUCCGACUUCAGGGCGAGCAGACCGCUCCUGCAACUGCGGCUGCCAAGUAAAAAAACCCAACAAUAACAACAAAAAAAGACAGUCGAUUGUUUGAGCUUUUGCCUUGUUCGUGCUGCUUUCUGUAAUUGUAAUCAGAAUACGAGUCAACAUAGAUGCCACA